AAAUGUCUGAUUUUAAGUACCCAAAGAGAGGGAGAUCAGCUCUGGAUAAUUAUAAAACUACUGAAGGUCUGACUGUUGAUAGCUAUGGAGACCAAUACUCAAGAAUUAUCGCUCAGAAGAAUUACAAUCAAAAAUAAAAAUAGCAUAAAAUGCCCGAAGAAGAUUUUUAAGAAUAUUUAAAAAGAAUGCAACUUCAAAAGACGGAAGAAAAAGCUGAUUAAACUCGAUAGAUAAAGAUACUUACCAGAUAAAAGGAAAGAGUAGGAACAAGGGUAAAACAUACAUGAAAAAUAAGUAUACGCUAAUGAGCGAUAAAAUCCUGAAUACCAUUAGCAACAGAAGAGAUAUCAGGAUCCCAAUUCAGACUGGUAAAUUUAAGGCAAGUAAAAAGGCAAAUAAUAGCAGAAAUGGAAUUUCUUCUUUAAGAUCAGGAAGCUCUAAUUCAAACAGAGUUUCAGAUUUUAACCAAUAUAUCACAAUGCUAUCAAAUGGGCUCCCUUAUGGGCAAAGGAAUAAAAUGGUAAAGAGAAUCAAUUCUAAAUCUAACAAGAAAGUAAAGAAGUGAGGAUCGAGAUGCAACUCCUCUGCUCUUUCGGUGUAUAAAGAGCAUCAAACUUCACUUCUCAAAAAUCAUGGAAAAGAGAAUCUUAAUGAUACUAGCCUAAACUCUUACUCUAAUGUGCCAAUCUUUUCUUCUCAGUUUCAAACACUAAACAACUCGAUGCUGAACUCUAGAGAUUUUGAAGGGAAAUUUUCAGAUGGUCGUCAGAAGAGCAGAUCAAACAAAUCCAGAAUAAAAACUACCAGCACAAACAGUCACUUUAAUGCAGAGAAGCUCCUAGAGUCUGAAAAGAAGAGGAAGCAGACCUCCUUGACAAGAAUCAACACUUUCAAGAAUACAAAGAAAAUUGAAAAUAAAUCAAAAAUAUCCAGCAGUUUCCAUACACUUGACUCAAAGAUGCAGAGGCAAAGUCACAUCGAUAAAAAAUCAAUAGAGAAGAUUAGAGUUUACCUUGAAGAUGGCAAGAAGUUAAUUGCUCAAAGGAAAUUUGUAGAGGCUAUAGGUCACUUGACAAAGGCCCUGAAGUUGAUUGAUACCAACUGUUCUAUACUAUUUCAGAUCCAAAACCCAAAGGAUAGCCAUAAAGAGCUUCAAAGUACCCUCCAUAAGCACCCUAGUUACAAGCAACUCGCUUAUUUAGUGCUAGCAAUGGCUUACAAACAGAAGGAAAAUGACCUUGAGAUUAUUGAAAAAUUCUCAGAUAUUUAUCUAGCAAGAGCUCAUAUUUACCUUUACCUAAAAUAAAUAUCAUAAUGCACUUAGCGAUUUUAGAAUUUUCAGUCUUUAUUCACUUGAUAGGACUGCUGGACAUCUAGGUGAAGGUGAUGCACUGAAAAAGUUAGGUAAAAUGGAAGAAGCAGUAAAGUGAUACACUCGAAUCAUCACAGAUGAAGGACUUAAGCACAAUCGAAAUCCUCUCUAUAAGACUGCUAUUGAAAGAAGAGCAAUUACUUAUUUCGUCAUGAAAGAAUAUCUUAAGUCCAAAGCUGACUUUGAAACUAUCCAUGGGUUCGAAGAAAGUACUAUUAAAGCAAAUUAUUACAUUGGAAAAAUCUACACCAAACUUGAUGAUACAAACAGUGCAAUUUUACAUUUUGAACAGGUCCUAAAAUUUAGUGAUGAGAAAUACUUUUCAGGAAAUGCUCUUUAUGAAAUGGCUAAGAUAAGAAUCAAACAGAAAAACUUCUAUGAAGCUUCAUUUACCCUUCAGAGAGCUAUAGAUAAAGAUUUUAAAUCCAAGAGACUUAUCCUAUACAAAGAAUUUACAGAAGGUGUUCUUUACCUUAUCAAAAGACAAGGAGAUAAAGGAGUUGAGCUCUUAACCGAUCUGCUGAAGAAAUUAGAUGAGGUCGAUCAAACUGAUAGAAAGAUAAUGGGGCCGACAAUUAGUGUCCUGACUCAUAGCUCGUACACAUAUAGAGCCUAUGGACAUCUAUUCAAUGGAAAUCAUAAGGAAGGAUAUGAUGACUUGAUAGAGGCUAAAUCAUUUGGGCAUCAUUUCGAAAGAGCCUCUGAAUACAAUCUAACUAUUGCAGAAGGGGUUCUAGCAACAGAAAGUGGAGAGGAAUAUACUAGAGCUCAUGAUCUAUUUGAAUUAUGCAAAUCUAAAUUUCCUGAUAACAAAGAUCCUUAUCUCUUGCAAAGCUUGAAUAUUAUCCUAAAAUGCUUUAGAGAUAACCAUAAUCAAUGGAUUGAUGAUGAUUUUAAGAAAGAGACUUUAAUUAAUGCAAAGGGAAUUGUUGAUCAAGCUAUCGACAGCAAUUGAAAACUAGAUUCUGUAAUUUACUAUUAUAGAGGCUUGCUUCAUUAUUAUCUUCAUUCCUUCUAUGAAGCACUCCUUGACUUUGAAAUGGCCAUUGAUAAGGAUGAUGAGCCAGGAGCUAGUUUAUACCUUGCAAGAGGAAGGUCUUUUGCAUGUUUGAGUAUGCUUAAUGAAGCUAUAAAGGACUUCUCAAUUGCAAUCAAUCUUGAUGAAAAAUGUACAGAUGCUUAUUUAUGAAGAGGCAAAUGCUCCUAUCUUGUUGGGAAUAAUACACAAGCCUUUAUGGAUUUCCAAAAAUUAAUAGUUCUUGAUGCCAAAAAUCCUAAAGUUCAUAUUCAUGCGGGAAAUCUUUUGAUGACAACAGGAGCAUAUUUAGAUGCCACAAAAGCAUACCUAAAUGCAGAUGUAGUAGAGAAAACUGCUGAAGCUGCUUUUCAUAGAGGAAGAUGUUAUGCAGCUCUUACAGAACUUGAUGAGGCUGUUUCUGAAAUUAAGAAAGUAGUCGAACUUUCGAGUGAGGAGAAACUAUCCUUCCCAGAUCUAGACUGUCUUGAAAUUCUUAGAAAUUUAACUGUUAGCUCUGGUAAAACAGGAAAAGCUACUGAAGAGCAGUCAGAAUCAAACUGUACUCCUAAAUCUCAAGAGAUUCCUCUGAACGGAGCCGAGCAAAGAAAUGAGCGAGAGAUUAUCUUGGAUAUAAGCUUAGAUGAUGAAGUAUUAGAUUUAUCUAUUAAAGCAAUGGACAAGCUCAUAGAUUUCUUUAACCCUCAGAAAUCAUCAUUUGACUCAACUACUAAUCCUAUUUAUCAAUUUAAGAAAUGAGAGAGCCCACUUAGUAUCCAAAUCAUUCCUAAUGUAAACAGAGUUAGGCUCGAAAAGGCUAGAGCAGUCAGUGCAAUCCAGGAGAGAAAAUGAAGUCUUCAUGAACUUAUCGAAGAAUGUAAACACAUGAAAGAAGAUGAUCAUACUGGCGAGUUUGAUACAAUUAGCUACUACAGAGAAAAUAUAUUUAACCUUGAAGAUUAUUACCUUUAUAGAGGAGUAAUGAGAUUUUAUAACCAAGACUACCAAAAGGCUAUUAAAGACUUUGAGAUAAGCAGCAGGAUUAAAAGUAUUAAUAAAUCAUAUCAAAAGGCAACUAAAAGUGAUCCUAAGAGCUCUAAUAUGAGCUCCCAAACAGAUCUUUCAGAUAUUGGACUAUGCUCUUUUAACUCUAAUGAAACUUAUUUUAAUAUACUUUUGUGAUACUUGUGCAAAGGAGAUAUCGAUAAAUCAAUAGAAUAUGCUAACAAACUCAUUGAAUCAGUGCCUCAGAGAUACAAGUCAAAACUCUAUCUGAUUAGAGGUCUAUGUUACCAAGAAAAGGAAUUAUUUGACCUUUGAAAGAAAGAUUUCAUGAAAAGCUAUACAAAUAAUCCAGAAUUAUCUUCUCAAUGACUGGAUCUAGAAGGGGAAGUGCUCAUCGAACCUUUUGAAACAAAUAAUAGGCUUUGUUCAAAGUUUCCUCACGUAAAACUCAAGAUCAGCAAUACAAUUAUCUUCUCUCGACCAAGUUUCUCAAUUCCUUUCAUAAAGCCUCCAAAUAUGAUACCGAAUGUUGACGAAAUUCAGAUGCAAAAAGAACUCACAUUGAAGCAUCUUGGUGGAAUCAAGCCAGAAGCACCUUGGAUCAAAAGGUGUGAUUUUGGAAUAAAAUUCACUGAUGAAAUACAAGAAAAUGAUUUCAAAAUAGAACAAGAAUCAAACCAUGAGCAGAACGAUCCGUUCGAAUCUCCUGCUCCAAAGGAAAAGUCUCCAGAAAGUUGAAAAGGUUCUCCAAUGUAUGUGAAAAGAGCACUCAGUGAGCAAGUGAUAAGAGCCACAGAUUACAGAUAUUAA